AUGGCUGGCCCUAAGCGGAUAUCUGCGGCUGAAGUUGCCCAACAUUGCAGUCCUAGUGAUUGCUGGGUCGUGAUCAAUGGUCAAAUAUGGGAUGUAACUGAAUUUGCACCAAAUCACCCAGGUGGUUGUGGCGCCAUUCUCCGCUACGCAGGCCAGGAUGCAUCCCACGCCUACAACGAAGUGCACACUUUCGACCUUCUAUCCAAAACCCUCACUACAGACAAACUGAUCGCCCACCUCGAUCAGUCUUCCCCCCACACGAAAUCCCACAACAACUCUGUUCGAGAGGCAGCUCCUCCUCCACCCAACAAACCACCACUAGGAACCAUACUGAGUGCGCAUGAUUUUGAGCGCGUUGCGCAGAACACCUUUUCGAAAAAAGCAUGGUCAUUCUACUCGUCCGCCGCCACAGACCUGGUAUCUGUUAAUGCGAACCGAUCGCUCUAUAACCGCAUUUGGUUCAGGCCCCGACUGCUACGCAAUGUGCGGGACAUAAGCACAAAAUGCACAAUCCAGGGUGUUGAAUGCUCUUUGCCUGUGAUUGUCGCGCCCGUGGCUUUGGCAAGACUGGCGAAUCCUAUCGGCGAGAAGGGAUUAGCUAGGGCUGCUGGCAGUAAAGGGAUCUUUCAUUGUAUACCCAUCACAGCCUCCAUCGCAAUCGAAGACAUAACAUCAGACAUCCCAUCCCCCUCUACCACAUUUUUCUUCCAGUUAUACGUCGCCAAAGACCGAACAGCCUCCGAGUCCCUUCUACGCAGGGUAUGGAAGCUGGGUAUCCGCACCCUAUUCGUGACGAUCGAUGCACCCGUAGCGGGCAAACGGGAAGCAGACGAGAAAGUAAAAGCAGAAGAGAUGAUAUCCAUGCCGAUGACAGGUACUCGAUCGAAGAAUGACGGAGCAGGAAGCGGCCUCACCCGCACCACGGGGUCGUUCAUUGACAGCUCAUUUUGCUGGGAGGAUCUCAGCUGGGUGAAGAAACAUUGGCCCGGAAAGAUCGUUAUCAAGGGGAUACAGUCUGUGGAGAAUGCGCAGAUGGCGGUGGAAGUCGGUGUCAGUGGGAUUGUUUUGAGCAACCACGGCGGCCGCAACCUCGACACUUCCCCGCCCGGACUACUAACCUUACUCGAGUUGCGACGCCAUCUAGCUUCUAUUUUUAGUCAAGUAGAAGUCUACAUCGACGGAGGAAUCCGUCGUGGCACCGAUAUACUCAAGGCAGUUUGUCUGGGAGCGAAGGCAGUGCUAAUCGGCAGGCCGUUUCUUUAUUCUCUUGCAUAUGGGGAGGAUGGGCCUAAGCAUCUUGUUGAUAUUUUGCAAGCUGAGCUGGAGACUGCCAUGAAAUUAGUUGGCAUUACGGAUCUUUCGCAGGCGAAUCCGGCCUUGGUUAAUACACAGGAUCUUGAUCAUUUGGUCAUGCGAGAUGUGGGGAUUAGUGAUGCGCUUGAGGUGUCUCGCGCAAAGAUGUAG